AUGCUGGAAAUCGCGAGCACACACGAGCAGCACAUACACGCACAAGCGCACAGAAAGCUCGUUUUAACCGGGUUUUCGGCGUUCCUAUCCGCGUGUAACCCGGUGAAGACGGACACCGAAGCCGUCCACUCGCCUGCUGUGAUCGUCGCACCGAGGCCACCCGUAAACUCCGCCGAAGGGGCAUAUCGUGGCUGGUACCACUUCUCCCGCUACCAUGGCCACUACUGCGCGGAUUCUGAGUAUGAUUGCCUCAUUUUGAGGGCUCCCUCUACACGAUAUACCCCAUCGGCCUGA